AUGGAUCGAAACAAAACUAAUACGAGAAUUUCCCGAAUAACAAACCAACAGCUUAACCGACUGAUAACCUGCCUCGAAGCGGAACCAGAUAUCGCACGAAACUUGGUACGGGGUUCGCAAAACGGAUUCUGGCGAAAGGUUGCCAGCAACUUAAACGAUAUAGGACCGGCACGUAAAGAUGUUACCGGAUGGAAAAGGGCUUGGUUUGACUAUAAGUGCAGCUUGAAAAAGCGGGCAACGCAAUACAAUGCGGACAUUGCUGCAGGCAUUUAUCCAAAGCACCUUUCACCCACACAUAGACGAGUGAUGAAGCUGUUGGGCUAUGAGAUAAAGAAAGCAAAGUUAACGGAAGAGGUCGGUUCCGGAUCGGAAGAUAUGCAUGACGAAGAGACAACCCAGUUCGACGCGGAAGACCACACCGAUUCUAAUAUGGAGGGAGCGUUGCUGCAGGAUGACGCGGGGUCCGAUGACGAUAGGAACGAAUCGACAACACGUUCCUCGGAAAGGAUACGGGCGUGCCAGAAACGGUUGGAGAAACUUCCAAACAUAACCAUCAAAAUGCAUCGAAACGAUAUGGAUCCGCUGGGAAAUGGAGGAUCCAGCAGUAGAAGCGAUUCUGCCUCUGCUUUCGACUCAUCGACUAGAAAGCGAGCUAGGGAAGCAAACUUUCGCAAAGCGCUCGAAACUAACCAAAUGCUAAUUACCGCGGUAAAUGCUUCUCUGGCACAAAAUGAGGAACUGAUCGGUGAGAUGCGAGCGAUAACAAAAACGUGUGAAGCGUUGAACGAGAAUAUGAGGAAUGUUUGUGAUGCGCUGCGUGAUUUCACGGAGGUAUUAAAAUCGAAAUAA